AUGUGUGUGUGCAGUGACAGCGGCCUGUGGAAGGCGAGAGUUGUGUGUGUGUGCAGUGGCAGCGGCCUGUGGAAGGUGUGGGUUAUGCGUGUGUGUGCAGUGGCAACUGGUUUUGGAAAGGUGUGGGUUAUGCGUGUGUGUGCAGUGGCAACUGGUUUUGGAAAGGUGUGGGUUAUGCGUGUGUGUGCAGUGGCAACUGGUUUUGGAAAGGUGUGGGUUAUGCGUGUGUGUGCAGUGGCAACUGGUUUUGGGAAGGUGUGGGUUAUGCGUGUGUGUGCAGUGGCAACUGGUUUUGGAAAGGUGUGGGUUAUGCGUGUGUGUGCAGUGGCAACUGGUUUUGGAAAGGUGUGGGUUAUGCGUGUGUGUGCAGUGGCAACUGGUUUUGGGAAGGUGUGGGUUAUGCGUGUGUGUGCAGUGGCAACUGGUUUUGGAAAGGUGUGGGUUAUGCGUGUGUGUGCAGUGGCAACUGGUUUUGGGAAGGUGUGGGUUAUGCGUGUGUGUGCAGUGGCAACUGGUUUUGGGAAGGUGUGGGUUAUGCGUGUGUGUGCAGUGGCAACUGGUUUUGGAAAGGUGUGGGUUAUGCGUGUGUGUGCAGUGGCAACUGGUUUUGGAAAGGUGUGGGUUAUGCGUGUGUGUGCAGUGGCAACUGGUUUUGGAAAGGUGUGGGUUAUGCGUGUGUGUGCAGUGGCAACUGGUUUUGGAAAGGUGUGGGUUAUGCGUGUGUGUGCAGUGGCAACUGGUUUUGGGAAGGUGUGGGUUAUGCGUGUGUGUGCAGUGGCAACUGGUUUUGGGAAGGUGUGGGUUAUGCGUGUGUGUGCAGUGGCAACUGGUUUUGGGAAGGUGUGGGUUAUGCGUGUGUGUGCAGUGGCAACUGGUUUUGGAAAGGUGUGGGUUAUGCGUGUGUGUGCAGUGGCAACUGGUUUUGGAAAGGUGUGGGUUAUGCGUGUGUGUGCAGUGGCAACUGGUUUUGGGAAGGUGUGGGUUAUGCGUGUGUGUGCAGUGGCAACUGGUUUUGGAAAGGUGUGGGUUAUGCGUGUGUGUGCAGUGGCAACUGGUUUUGGAAAGGUGUGGGUUAUGCGUGUGUGUGCAGUGGCAACUGGUUUUGGAAAGGUGUGGGUUAUGCGUGUGUGUGCAGUGGCAACUGGUUUUGGAAAGGUGUGGGUUAUGCGUGUGUGUGCAGUGGCAACUGGUUUUGGGAAGGUGUGGGUUAUGCGUGUGUGUGCAGUGGCAACUGGUUUUGGAAAGGUGUGGGUUAUGCGUGUGUGUGCAGUGGCAACUGGUUUUGGAAAGGUGUGGGUUAUGCGUGUGUGUGCAGUGGCAACUGGUUUUGGAAAGGUGUGGGUUAUGCGUGUGUGUGCAGUGGCAACUGGUUUUGGGAAGGUGUGGGUUAUGCGUGUGUGUGCAGUGGCAACUGGUUUUGGAAAGGUGUGGGUUAUGCGUGUGUGUGCAGUGGCAACUGGUUUUGGAAAGGUGUGGGUUAUGCGUGUGUGUGCAGUGGCAACUGGUUUUGGGAAGGUGUGGGUUAUGCGUGUGUGUGCAGUGGCAACUGGUUUUGGAAAGGUGUGGGUUAUGCGUGUGUGUGCAGUGGCAACUGGUUUUGGAAAGGUGUGGGUUAUGCGUGUGUGUGCAGUGGCAACUGGUUUUGGAAAGGUGUGGGUUAUGCGUGUGUGUGCAGUGGCAACUGGUUUUGGAAAGGUGUGGGUUAUGCGUGUGUGUGCAGUGGCAACUGGCUUUCGAAAGGUGUGGGCUCUGAAAACUGUGGAUCACCAUUGCAAUAACAGGUGA